GGCUAGUUCCAGGCAGAGCCUGUCUUACAAGGGCGGGGAAGGAAGUGCCGCUUCUACCCAAUAAAGAGUAUCUUUUAAUACCACACAGCUGCUACUUUUCAUUUCCUGAUUGGUGCAGCACAAGGAGACCCAGGAGUACCACGUCAGCGUUUGAAAUCUUAAAUGCCAGCCUUUGCUUCUGUACAUUCAAUAACCUUGAUUGAGAUAUAGUGCAAAUAAUCAUCACAGCGGCCACCAUGAGAUUUCUUAUUGUGGCAAUUCUAACUGUAUAUCUGUGCAACAGUACCAACGCAGUUGGUCAGAAGGGUAAGCGGAGAGAGUAUGCUUCUCAAAGUUCAGGGCAAUUUCAAGAAUCGGGGACAGUUGAGAUGAAAUCACCUAAUCUGAAUGACGAGGAGUUUCACUCUAGCCAUAUGCCCGAUUAUUUGAAGUGUGACUCCUGCAGAGCAAUUUCUUAUCAGAUGCAGGAAUAUCUUUCGAAGUGGGAAUCAAAAAUCUCUGCAGUGAAAGAAGGGAAAGCAGAGUUGAAUGAAUCCGAUUACACCGAUGCUUUGGAGAAAUGCUGCUCCCAGAGUUGGGAAAAGCAUGGUGUAAUAGAGGUAAAUGGUGUUAAACGUCUGUCAGGCCCUGGACUGGAGACUGAAGAUUUUACGGGAGUGAUGGUGAUGAGUGGACCAUGGCCAGGACGGUUGUUCAAAAUGUGCCAGGCUUACCUCGGUGAGUUUACAGAAGAGGACAUUUACAGGGAAUUCAGGAACAAUCGAGACUAUUUAGAAGAUUUUCUCUGUUUUGGUAAAAAUGGAGCUUGCACCAAGCAGAAAAAUUUCCAAACAGCAUUAAAGGAUGAAAUAUAAUCAUUCUUUGUUGGCUGUUCAAGUGACAAGUGCACAGGUGGAAUUUGGGUGAUGGUGUGACUGGGUGUUAGAGAUGGGGAUGGAAUCAGUGGAUUUCUUUUUAUUCAUUCAGGCCCAUACCCAAAUUUCUGAUAUUUAAUCUUGUCAUGAAAUACUAUAUAAUAGAUUAAUUAAUUCAUCUAAAUGUUAUUUAAAAUGCUGUUAGAUAACCUUAUAAAUUGCUGAUGUUCCAACAUAUUCUUCCAUGUAAAUACUUAAGCCCAGAAACCUAUUGAAUCCAAUAGUAUGUAACCCCCACUACUUAAAAAGUUCACAUUUAACUGGCAACUCUUUAAACUAACCAAAAAGCAAAAGCCUUUAAUUAUUUGAAUUAAUGUUAAGUUUAAAGUUGUCAUUUUGUUUCUUUAGUGCCCCAUUUGUUACAGGUGGAGACAACUUGAGGCCAAUGUUUUGUUGGAAAAUGAAGUAAUGAUUAAUGUGAAUUUUCAGAUUGUGCUUCAAACCUCCUAUGAUAAAUUGUUCUCUUUUCCAAUGUCCCUAUGUGCAGGCAAUGUUAAAGCUGAAAAUAUGUUUGAACAACUGCAACUGACAUAAUAUCUGCGGUACUUUUGAAUCUAGGAAGAAUUACUGAAUUGUAAUUUUUGGUAAUUCACACCACCAACGGGAAUAUUCAACACUUACAUUCAGUACUCUGGCAGUUAUUUGCACACAUCAGGAAGAUGAUGUUCAGAAAAAUGUGCCUGUUCUAAAUAACUUAGACUGAAUCUGAAUUUAUAAGUAAGCAAAUGAGUUGUCAGUGGAGGUCUGGAGAACCAUCAGAAUUGGUAAUCAUUUAUAGAUGAAAAUAUUUUUAAAUUGAAUUUAAUUUUUUGAAAAUAGUUCUCUCUCCUUAUUCUGUAUUCUCAAAUACUGUGACCCAUUUAUUGGUAUGAUUUCUUGCCCGAGUUGCCAUUCUUCACAGGGAAGCCAAGACAGUGAAUACCAGCAGAUUGUAGCCUGGUGGCAGGGGAGAUGUCGGGCUGGGGUGGGGGUGACGGUGGAGAUGUCGGGCUGGGGUUGGGGAGGGUACAGCAUGGAAACAUUAUAGCUAGACACGCUAUUAUCUUGACCUAUGAGCCAUAUAUACAUCCUUGAUCAAAUGUCACAAAUGAAGAACUUCAACUGAUUUUCCUCAUCCAGGACCACCAAAUGGGAACACCUCUACAGUCACCUUAGUUGGAAUCAGUGAAGAACAGUUACAUUGUCUGGGUUACAUUAUCUGGUUUUCUGGUGUACUCUGUCUGGUUAUACUUCACUUUCACUAACUUAACCAUUGAGGAAAAGUAGAGAUAUUUUAUAACCUGGAUUUAUUUUUAUAUGUACAGUGCCAAAGUCAGGUCAAGAUAGCGAUGGUAAUUAUUAUAAGUUCUAUUUAAAACCAUGUUUGAGACCGGACUUUUCACAGUUCACUGAAUACUCUUUUACUGACUUAUAGUUGGUAUUAUUCUGUAUGCAUUUGAAAUUUGAAAUUUAUAUUCAAAUACCAUUGAUACAAAUAUAAAAGAUUCCCAAGAAAAGUACUGCAGACACGUUUCUGGCAUUUAUUCUGUUCAUUCUAAAGUUUAGUGGUAUGGUUGAGAAAAAUAAAACGUUUGCAUUUUUAAA